AUGUCGCAAACCGUCGGCAAGACCCGCCUCGCCUACUCCCGCGCCUGGCACCACAUCGACGCCUCGUCCGACCCACGCCCCCUCGGGCGUCUCGCCUCCUCCAUCGCACUGGCCCUAAUGGGCAAGCACAAGCCCAUCUUCGACCCGUCGACCGACUGCGGCGACUACGUCGUGGCGACGGGGUGCGCGCAGCUGCACACGACCGGGCAGAAGAUGCAGCGCAAGAAGUACUACCGGCACAACACGCGGCCGGGGUCGCUGCAGGAGAUCACGAUGGAGCGGCUGAUGCGCAAGUGGGGCGGGGGGGAGGUGUUGCUCAGGGCGGUGAGCGGCAUGUUGCCGAAGAAUCGGUUGAGGAAGGUGAGGUUGGCGAGGUUGAAGGUGUUCGAGGGCGCGGCGCAUCCGUACAAGAAGAAUAUCUUGAAACUUGCGGGCCAGGAGGCUUCCUCGAUACGCGAGCUGCCGGAGGUGAAGAAGGCGUUCGAGCAGUCGAGAUAA